AUGACCGAACAACGCGAGACAGAGUAUGAAGAAUUGGAAGCGAAAUGUCAAAAAUUUGCAACUGAUAUGUUAGCACAAACUCGUAGUUCUUCUGAACUCUCAAUUGUUUUAAAUCAUUAUACUGGAGCUGAUGUAUCAGGUUGCCAUAUCAGUGGAGUAAAUCAUCAAUCCUUAUCAGAGGAUAUCAAUGAAAGAAUGCAGUUAUCAAGAUUGAAAUUGGCUAUAAGAUAUGGACAAAAACAGUUUGUAGCUCAUCCACAUUGUCAACAAUUAUUAGCUGCUAUCUGGUAUGAAGGAUUGCCUGGAUUUCGUCAAAAACCAGUAUUUGCUCAAUUAACAACUAUUGGAACAUUAUGUUCUUUAUUUCCAUUAUUGGCUACAUUUUAUAUGCUUGCACCACAUUCAAAAUUGGGUAGUAUGAUGAGAAAACCAUUUAUAAAAUUUUUAUGUCAUAGCAGUUCAUAUUUAUCAUUUUUAGCUCUACUUACAUUGGCUGCUACACGUGUUGAGUUCUUACUGACAAGUUCUCUUGAUCAACGUAUGCAUGAUCGUGGACCAACACCAUCGUUAACAGAGUCAGCUUUAGUUAUUUACGUCAUAGGUUUUGUUUGGCAACAAAUGAAAAAACUUUAUAUAUGGGGUUUACGUGCAUAUUUAGCUGAUAUGUGGAACCUUGUAGAUUUUCUUAUGAAUGCACUCUACAUAGCUACUAUAUCAUUGAGAACAGUUGCAUGGGCUAGAAUUGUAUUUUAUAAUGAACCACGUUAUAUAAAUCGUGGUCAAUGGGAUUCAUUUGAUCCGGUACUUGUCUCUGAAUGUUUAUUUGCUGCAGCUAAUAUAGUAUCUACAUUAAAAUUAGUUUAUGUAUUUACUGUUAGUCCACAACUUGGUCCAUUACAAAUAUCAUUAGGUCGUAUGUUACAUGAUAUAUUACGAUUUUUUUGUGUUUAUUUCUUGGUAUUGGUUGCAUUUGCAUUUGGAUUUAAUCAAUUAUAUUGGUUUUAUGCAAAAAAUCGUGCUAGAAAUUGUAAAAAUGUUCAUUUUACAUUAGAAGAAGGACAAAAAGAUGUAUAUGAUUAUUGUAUUACAAGAGGUACUUAUUUUACAAACUUAUUCGAAAUCGUUCAAUCGUUGUAUUGGUCUGCUUAUGGUUUGAUUGAUUUGACAAGUUUCAAUUUGGAAUAUCCACAUGCAUUUACGGAGUUUGUAGGUAAAUUGACAUUUGGCACCUAUUCAUAUAUUGCUUUCAUCGUUCUACUGAAUAUGUUAAUUGCUAUGAUGAAUAAUUCAUAUGAACAAAUUGUAGGACAAGUUGAUGUUGAAUGGAAAUUUGCUCGAUCUAAAUUAUGGAUUAGUUAUUUUGGAGAAGGUUGUACUGUACCAGUACCAUUCAAUAUAAUACCUACACCAAAAUCAUUUAUCUAUAUGUUAAAUACAAUUAAAAAUUUAUUUUUAAAUUGUUAUAAAAAGAAAUUACAUCGUAAUGAUUGGGAAACAAUUCGAUUACGUAUAAAACAAGUUAAAGAAUGUGAAGCACGUUACCAAAAUGUAAUGCGUGAAUUAACUAAACGAUACAUUAUGCAAAAAUUACGAUCAAGUGAAAAUGAUAUUGUCAGUGCAGAUGAUUUAAGUGAAAUUAAAGGUGAUAUAAGCGCAUUUCGACAUGAAUUAUUAGAUAUACUUAAAUCGAAUGGAAUGAAAAUACCAGCAUAUCAUAAAACAGUUCAUAAAAAAUUGACACCUUCUACUGGAAUUAAUAAAAAUGAUUCUAGUAAAAUUUUAUUAUCUAAUAGUACUAGUACCAGUAUUGGUGGUAUAAUUGGUCCAGUAGAUAAUCCAGCUUUUGAAAAUGAAGAAGUAAUCAUGAAUAAGACUUCAAUAAGUUCAUCAGUUGAUUUAGAUGGAAAAAAUCAAGAAAACUCAACUUCAGUUUUCAAUCAAGAAACUUCAAUAACUGAUGUAACAAGUCAACCAUUACAUUCUGAUUUUAUUCCAUGUACAACUACUGUAGUUUGUGAAGAAAUAAUGAUGAAUAACAUGGAACAGAAAUCUCAUAUGUCUUUAAAUCAUCAAUUGAAAAACAACUUCAACAAUCAUCAUCAUCAUCAUCUCAAUUAUCCAUUGAAACAAGGAUACCUUUAA